AUGUCGUCUUCACCAUCCCAUCAUCAAGACCAACCAAACUCAUUAUCAUCAGCAGAAGUGGACGCAGAACAAUCAAACCGAGAACAAAGAACGAUAGGAGAUGAAGCGAAUGUAGGAGGAGAACCAGAACCAUACGAAUCAAUGGCAGGUGUAGAAGGAGAAGAAGAAGAAGAGGAGCAUGAUUUGCCGACGCCACCCUCGCCGAGUCUAGGCCAACCGGGAGGCCCCCACGAGCCGGGAUAUCUGAACGACUUACCCUCGUUGACGCCCUGCAAGCUGACGACGUCGGUUUCGGACUCCGAUUCGGACUCGAUUCCGGAGCGAUUCACGGACGAUGACGAUGAUCAAGAAGCAGGCGAAGAAGGAGAAGAAGGAGAAGAGGGCCCGGAAGGUCUGCUAGAUGCACUCAGUCUGGUGCCCUCAUCUCAGCCCGUCUCCUCUUCCCCCUCAGCCGCACACCACCACCACCAUCAUCAUCAUCAUCAGCAACCUCUUAUUCCCGCCUCCCAACGCACACCCUCCAGUCAAACUUCCCUUCCCAAUUCACACAUCUCCCUCAGCGAACCCGCCCCCCUCAGGGGCCCCAAAAUGGGACGCAAAAGGUCCCUCUCCGCACUCGUCGCCUUGCGCUAUCGGGGCGGAAAGGGCGACGCGGAAAUCGGCGACGAGGAACGCGGAUUGUUGGCCCUCGAUCUGGACACUUAUAUCAAUUCGGGCGAGCCAGAGAUUCCCGAAACCCGGGCCCUGCCGCCCUCGGCGCUCUUCCCCACGCUCUCAUCGACGCUCAUUUCAGGUCUUCCCCAUCCCUCGUCUUUGGGCAAUCCAGCAAAGGGAGCAGGCUCGCCGCAUCGAAGGAACUUAACCUUGCCCACGAAAGCCGAAGAGGACGAAGAAGAGUUGAAUAGAGAACAUGAGGAGACGGCGGGCGAGCCCCAGACACCCGGGUUGACGAUCUCCCUCCAUCCCGAUCAUCCCUUGCUCCUGCCCACUCCUAGGUCUCACUGGCCCUUCGCCGGUGGAACUGGACCCGGUAAUACCUCAAGAGGGUUCAUCCCCGGAAGAGCUCUCAACUUGCUCUCUCCUACUACUCCCACUCAUCCUUCUCCUUCCUCGGCUCACAAUCUUCCUGCCCUCACUUCUGAUUCUGUGCCUCCUGCUACUCACUCUUGAGUCCCUUCUUCUUCAAUACGUCUGUUUGCUCUUUCUUUUCUUCUUUUGACUCGUU